AUGGCCGACGACUGCAGCACAAGCUACGAGCAGCUGUUCCGGUCGCUGGUGCGGCACUCGCGGCUCUUCCCGCUACGCAGCUCGGACGUGGCGCUGCUCCCGUCGCCCUCGGCCUUCUACCGGCAGCUGCUGCGCAACAUCCAGCACGCGGAGCGGCGCGUGUCCAUCUCGUCGCUGUACCUGGGCACGGGCCAAUUGGAGGAGGCUCUGGUGGACGCUCUAGCCUCCAGACUACGCGAACGACCCGAGCUCCAGGUGCAGGUAGUGCUGGACUACUCGCGCGGCCAGCGUGGGGGGCUCACCGCCAGCUCCGUGACCAUGCUGGCCCCUCUACUCAAGGAGUUCCCGGACAACGUGGAGCUCUUCCUGUUCCGCGUGCCGCAGCUCUCGGGGAUCAAGGCCAAGCUGCCGCCGCCCUUUAACGAGACGCUCGGCGUCUCGCACGCCAAGGUUUAUUUAGUGGACGACACGCUCGUGCUCAGCGGCGCCAACUUGAGUGACGACUAUUUUACCAAUAGACAAGACAGAUACGUGCAGCUGACGCAGUGCGGCGGGCUGGCACAGUUCUACCACCAGUUCGUGGAGCUGGUCACGGGCUUUUCGUACAAGGUGAAGCUCGAGACGCUGACGGGGGAGAAGAACGACUACGAGUUGAUUGAACCGGUGCUGGCGCACGACUCGGACGAGGCCAAGGCGGCGAUGAGGAAGGAUAUGGAGAGCUUGGUGGACCCGGACAAGCACCACGAGGACAAGGAAGACGAACUUACCGACGCGUGGGCGUUCCCAACACUGCAGUUCACCCCCAUGUCGAUGGACCAUGACGAACGUGUGCUGAGCAUGUUCGUGAAGAAUCUUCCGCGUGGAUCGCAGCUGCAGAUUGCGUCGGGAUACCUCAACUUCCCGCCGUUUUUGAGUGACCUGCUGGAGAAAUGUGAUGCUGGACUGGACGUGAUCUCGGCGGCUCCGCGUGCCAAUGGGUUCUACGAUGCUCGCGGCGUGAAGGGAGCGCUGCCGAUGGCCUACUCGCUGAUUGAGCAGGAUUUCUUUGAGCGCACGCUCGGUCGCGAGUUCCCGACGGUGUUGAGGGAGUUCAACCGUCCUGGCUGGACUUUUCACGGUAAGGGCAUGUGGUGGAGGCCGCCUCCGCUGCCGGUGACCAACGGAUACAAGGCGGAGCUGGGCUUGCCCCAGGUGACCGUUGUGGGAAGCUCCAACUUCGGCCAGCGAUCGUACGGAUGCGACCUCGAGUCGAACCUCGUGGUGUUCACACGCAACCCUGAUCUGCAGCGUCGACUGCAGGACGAGUACGACGCGCUGACUAGAGACUCCGAGGUCGUCACCGAGCAGCUCUGGCGACGACCCGAGCGCAUGCUCCACGGCUUAUUCAGUUGGAAGGACGGCCACUGGAUCCGACCCGUGUCCAAGUUCAUUGCCGCGUACCUCUAA